GUUCAAGAUGGCUGCGCCCUUAGGACUUGCCUUUCGACAGAUUUCGAGAAAUAAUAAUCACAAUUUUGCAAUACUUUGUUGUAUUAAGAGACACCUGAAUACAAAAAGUGAUCUAAAAUGUAAUGUAGGACGUCAAUAUGCUGGAGCAUCGACUGGCAUUGAUAUUGGUCUUCCGAUCAAACCAACAUUUCAACCCGGGAAGAAACCGCCUAAGGAGAGGCUAAUGACUCUCUCAAAAAACAAAAACGAUCCUGACCUCGAGAGAGCAGCCAGACGAAGAACAUUACAAGUAUCACUGGAUGAGGUCAGAGAAGAAUGGGAGCAGACUAGUGCGCCAUAUCACAUCCGUCGCAUCGCUCAUCACUAUGGCAUCUUCAAGGACCUGUUUGAUAGUGCAGAUUUCUUACCUCAAGUAAUGAUGAAGAUUGACUAUCGAGUUGACGCUGAGCACAUGAUGCCUGUCUUUACCGGCAACGUUGUUACCCCAACAGAGGCUUCACAGCCACCAGACAUCAACUACACGUCCACAAAUGAUAAGCUCUGGACUCUUCUACUAACAAAUCCAGAUGGUCAUUUGCAAGAUAACUCUAAGGAGUAUGUUCAUUGGAUGAUAGGAAACAUCCCUGGUAAUCAGCUGAGUCAAGGAGAUGAGAUCUUUGAUUACCUGCCACCAUUCCCAGCACGGGGUACCGGUUAUCACCGCUUUGCCUUCGUACUAUUCCAGCAGGACGGCAGGGUGGACUACAGUGCAGAGGGGGCUCCCCUCCCUUGUCGGAACCUCAAAGAGAGGACCUUUGAGACAGUUGAAUUCUACCGACAGUACCAAGAUGUGAUCACACCAGCCGGGCUGGCAUUCUUCCAGUGUCGCUGGGAUCAAUCCGUCACAGAAACCUUCCAUCAUACGUUAGAGAUGCGGGAGCCGGUGUUCGACUACGACCACCCCAAGCUUUACAUCGCAGAGCAAAAGAAAUUCCCACACAAGAAACCUCUGCAGUAUCUGUUGAAGUACAUGCCACAGGAACAGCGGGAUAAGAUCAAAGAUUUCAAUCCGUUUUUCCCUGAUCGGAGGUUUGAGAAGUGAAUACCAAAGUUUUGACUUUUGUCAACUGUUGGCGCCAUUUGCAAGUUGGAAUCCUGACCUCGGUGGAACUUAAGAGCCAUGUUUGAACUAAGUGCUUCAACAGUGGCUUCUAUCUUAUCAUAUUUCUACAACACUGGCCCUACAGCCUUUAGCCAUGGUAGUGGUUGCUUGAUUCGGACUUGGCUUUAGUUAGGAAAUGACCAUGGUGGAACUUAAAAGCCAUGUUUGAACUUAGUUCUUCAACAAAAACUUGUAUUUCUACAACACUGGCCUCGCAGCCAUCAGCUAUACAUGUACCAAUGUCAGUGGUUGCAGGAUUCGGGCUUGACCAUAGUUAGGAAAUGAUCAUGGUGGAACUUAAAAGCAAUGUUUGAACUAAGUGCUUCAACAGCGGCUUCUGUCUACAGCGGCUUCUGUCUUAUCAUAUUUCUACAACACUGGCCCUACAGCCUUUAGCCAUGGUAGUGGUUGCUUGACUCAGACUUGGCUUUAGUUAGGAAAUGAUCAUGGUGGAGCUAAAACCAUGUUUGAACUAAGUGCUUCAACAGCGGCUUCAAUCUUAUCAUAUUUCUACAACACUGGCCCUGCAGCCAUAAGCCAUAGCCAUGAUUGCUUGAUUUGGACUUGACCAUGGUAAGGAUAUGUCUAAGCAUCUAAAUGAUAACAUCGUCUGCUCAGGUAUAAAAGGUCAUGAGUGGAAAUUGUAUGGAUAUCAUACAAUUGCCUUUUCAUAUUUUUUAGCUCCUGGUAAAUGGGGUUUAUAUUCAUUAUAUUCAAUAUUGCAUUGUUGUUGACAUAUUGCUAAAAACUGAUAAAAUCACAAGGGGUAAGCCUUACAGUAUUGUUGACAUUUGGCUAAAAUCUGAUCAAAUCACAAGGGGUAAGCCUUGCAUUUUUGUUGAAAUUUUGCUGAAUAUUUAUAAAAUCACUAGCGAUAAGCCUUACAUUUUGUUGAAAUUUUGAUAAGUUCUGAUAAAAACGCAAGGGGUACAACAAGCAUUGCAUUUUUUGUUGAAA